CUCUCUGUGUGCGCGCACGCUCACUCAAAAAAGGCGAAAUUAGAAAAAGCAUUAGAAAAAAACAGAGAGGGAGAACUAUUAAGAAAUAAGAAUCCCACGCAACUGCUCAGGGGAGGGGGGAGAGAGAGAGAGAGAGAGCAAAAGGGGAAGCUAGGCGAAAAUGGUAGCAGAGAAAGCGAAUGAAAUGGUUGAAAAUUUGUGAUUUUUUAACUGGUGGGUUGCUUUUGGUGGUGAGAUCUUAGGGUUUUGAAAUUGGUAGUGUGGGUGAAUUUUGUGAUUUGGGGAAGUGGGUAAUGGUGGGUUUGUUGUUAGGGUGAGAUUUGUGAGGUGGGAUUUUGGUAAUCUGAGUGAGUUGGGAGGGGAUUUCUGGGAUGGUGUGUUUGGGGGUGAUACACCAUUUGGAUCUGAGACUUGUAAAAAGCAAGUGAGAGAGAGAGAUGGAGAGAAAGGUUGGGAAUUCAGUUUGUCUAUGGUUCAUCUUGUUGGCUCAUCCACUAUGGAUGACAAUGGUGCUUGCUAAUAUGGAAGGUGAUGCCUUGCAUACUCUAAGGACCAACUUGGAGGACCCCAACAAUGUCCUGCAAAGUUGGGAUCCUACUCUUGUGAACCCUUGUACGUGGUUUCAUGUUACAUGCAACAAUGAAAAUAGCGUCAUAAGAGUUGAUCUUGGAAAUGCAGCCUUGUCUGGUCAACUUGUUCCACAGCUUGGCCUUCUCAAGAAUUUACAAUAUUUGGAGCUCUACAGUAAUAACAUGAGUGGACCAAUUCCUAGUGAACUGGGGAACCUAACCAGCUUGGUGAGCUUGGAUCUUUAUUUGAAUAGUUUUUCAGGUCUAAUCCCAGGCACCUUGGGCAGGCUGUCAAAACUGCGAUUCCUCCGGCUUAACAACAACAGCUUGGUGGGUCCGAUUCCCAUGUCUUUGACUAAUAUCUCUUCACUUCAAGUACUGGAUCUAUCAAAUAAUCGUCUCUCAGGAGUAGUUCCAGACAAUGGCUCCUUUUCUUUAUUCACUCCCAUAAGUUUUGCUAACAACAUGGAUCUGUGUGGCCCAGUAACUGGUCGCCCCUGCCCAGGAUCUCCUCCAUUUUCACCUCCCCCACCUUUUGUCCCACCACCCCCAAUUUCAACACCAGGAGGUAAUAGUGCCACUGGGGCUAUUGCUGGUGGAGUUGCCGCUGGUGCUGCUUUACUGUUUGCUGCUCCUGCAAUUGCAUUUGCAUGGUGGCGCCGGAGGAAGCCGCAAGAAUUUUUCUUUGAUGUACCUGCGGAGGAGGAUCCUGAAGUACAUCUUGGGCAGCUCAAGAGGUUUUCUUUGCGAGAAUUACAAGUUGCAACGGAUAGUUUUAGUAACAAAAACAUUCUGGGGAGAGGUGGAUUUGGUAAGGUCUACAAGGGGCGCCUUGCAGAUGGUUCGCUAGUCGCUGUGAAAAGACUGAAAGAAGAGCGCACCCCUGGUGGGGAGUUGCAGUUUCAAACUGAAGUAGAGAUGAUCAGCAUGGCUGUGCAUCGAAAUCUUCUUCGGUUACGUGGGUUCUGUAUGACACCAACUGAACGGUUACUUGUUUAUCCUUACAUGGCUAAUGGGAGUGUUGCCUCAUGUUUAAGAGAACGGCCGCCAAACCAACCACCUCUUGAUUGGCCAACUCGGAAGCGAAUUGCACUGGGAUCUGCAAGGGGUCUUUCUUAUUUGCAUGAUCACUGUGACCCGAAGAUUAUUCACCGUGAUGUGAAAGCUGCAAACAUUUUGCUGGAUGAGGAGUUUGAGGCUGUUGUUGGAGACUUUGGUUUGGCUAAACUUAUGGACUACAAAGACACCCACGUCACUACUGCUGUACGUGGCACAAUUGGACAUAUAGCUCCAGAGUACCUGUCUACCGGGAAGUCAUCUGAGAAAACUGAUGUUUUCGGUUACGGUAUCAUGCUUCUGGAGCUUAUUACUGGUCAGAGGGCUUUUGAUCUUGCUCGCCUUGCAAAUGAUGAUGAUGUCAUGUUGCUUGAUUGGGUGAAAGGACUACUGAAGGAGAAAAAGCUAGAAAUGCUGGUUGAUCCUGAUCUCCAGAGUAAUUAUGUAGAAGCUGAGGUAGAGCAGCUAAUUCAAGUUGCACUGCUCUGCACACAAGGCUCCCCAAUGGACCGGCCUAUGUCAGAAGUUGUAAGGAUGCUUGAAGGUGAUGGCUUGGCCGAAAGAUGGGAUGAGUGGCAAAAGGUCGAAGUGCUUCGCCAAGAAGUGGAGUUAGCUCCUCACCCGAAUUCUGACUGGAUUGUUGACUCAACAGAAAAUUUGCAUGCAGUUGAGUUAUCCGGUCCAAGGUAACCUUGGCGUGGUAGACGCGGAAAAAAGAUGGGAGGCCAUAUUCUGAAGAACAACUUACAUGAAAUAACUUACAUGGAACGGGUUUAGCCGUCCUGUGGCAUCUUUAUCCAAUAAUGUAUCGUCAUGUGGAGAGAAAUUUGCACGGGGUAAUGCAUUAUUGGACGAGGGGUGUCACGUGACAGUGAACGUGGGGCGGCAAAGAAUUGUACUUCAACUUUUAAGCUUUUGCGGGAAGUGGUGGUAUAAAUACAUCACAAGAGUUUCUGCGUUAUUAGUACAGAACCGGCUUUGGGACUCUGUAGUGGCCGACUGGCCAUAGCGUAUGGGCUGACCAUCCAUUAACGGUGACCCACAAAUUUUUAUGAAUGUUUUUUUUAUAGA